AUGAUAAUCAUAUUAAAUUUGUUAUUUCUUAUGGUCAACAUUGAAGGCAGCUAAGGAGAAGUCAUAUCAACACUUGGCUAUUAAUUGACUAAGAAUGGACGAGAAUUUUAAAAUAAUUAAGGCAAAAAAUUUUCAAUUAGUGAAUCGUGCAAAUAAAUUGAAAUUGGAAACCCAGACUUAAAUUCAAAGGUCGAUUCAAACUCCUAUUACUUUUUGGUAAAAUUAACUUGUAAUGAUAUUGUGGAUGACGAGGAGUUUUUUAAUUAAGAGAGAGAUGUUGGAAAUUCAACUAUUGAAAAGAAGGGGACAUCUGAUCUUUCUCCUUAUCAAUGCACACUGAAUGUAACUUUAGAUAAUUCUGAACACUGUUGUUGUCCAGAACGAAAAAAGUAAAUCAAUAUUUAAAUUAGUGGUUUUCAAUUAAAAAUCCUGAAUUGA